UAUCUAUCUACCUGGUUUUUAUUUUUAUUUUUUAAACUCUUCUUUUACCGCAAGUAAGUUGAAACUUGAAACUUGAAAUUUGAAGCUUUCAAGAGGAAGGUAAGGUACUCGAUCACACAUGUUGAAACAGCGGUAGACGAGGGGUAGACGGCGGCUUAUUGCUUGUUCGGUUCAUGCCUGCGAAAAUAAUGUCCGACGGAACUGUGAGGAGCAAGUCUUAAUGUACUUAAACCCCCAAAUGCCCUGUAUUUUUCUCCCAUUCUUCUCUCUUUGUCUUAUUCGACUGUCAUCCUCCCGGCUGGUCCGGAAACUAACAAAUCACCAACACCUCAUAUCUAGGUAUCUUCAACGUAAACCCCUUUGAAAAUUCACACCAUGCGAACACGUAUCACUUUUUACUUGUUCAUUAUCCUCGAUAUCCUAGCUGCCAAUGCGGGUGACAUAGGUCCUGGCGUGACUUCUGGAUAUGACCUCGGCGUACCCCAAGCACGAGGUUUUCCCGAGCACUCAAUUUUUUCUCUACGCGGUCGAGCACCGGGGAAGGAUUCUGAAGGUGGUGUGGUCUCUCCGGAGGAUUUCCCAAAACCUCCUACAUCCAGGAUCUCUUUAUCAGACUUCCCGAACCCUCCUCCAGGCAAGGGAACAAUAAUCCCCAAAAUUCCCAAGUUGGUGUUGAUUGCGCCAUCAGACACUGAAAGCUCCCCUGCUUCUCGCCCGCAGUCUACAGAUCUUCCUCCUCCGCCCGGUGCUCCUCCGACGAGACCACUCCCCCCUCUGCCACUCAAAUUGAACGAGGUAUCCAAAGGAUUCCCUCUGCCGCAGAGUGCACCUCCAAAUAAAAAGCUUCCCGAACUUCCGUCGCAUCCACUUGCAAACUUAAAUGAGGUGUCUCCAGGUUUCCCUCCGCCCCAGAGUGCACCUCCAAAUACAAAGCUUCCCGCACUUCCGUCGCAUCCUGCACCCCCAACUCGGCCGCCUCCUGCACCUCCUGCGGAUGCACAUCCGCCCCCGAUCCCGGCCAAGAGUCCGCUGCGACCCAAAGUGAAUCCAAGAGCUUCGACACCUGCGGCAGCUAUGAAGAAACGUGCAGAAGCUUCAAGUGCUGUGAGGAUGUUGGGGAGGCUGCAGAAAGAGCCCACACAGUCAUAUCAAGAAGGUGAACAUCAUAAUAAGAAGAGAGAUGUUACUAGGACGAAUUAUCGUCGGAGAAUCGUCGAGUGGGAUGAAAAAUUAUGAUUGAGGUGAUAGAUCAAGCAUUAUAGUAGAUCGUAAUAUCGCCGCAGUACUAAUAUUAAUAUUCAAUAUUCAACCUCGAGCUACCUCGAGGCUCAGUGUCUUUGAGAUUUCU